CAGAGGCGCCUGGCGCACGGCGCGAGCCGAGCCGUGGUGCUCGCCCGGGACGCGCCAGGGGGUCGCGCGGGCGGGCGGGCGGGCGGCCGCCGCUUCGGUCGCCAUGUGCGCGCAGAUCUGGCUGCUGACCGACCGGCUCAUCCGCGAGGACUACCCGCAGGUGCAGAUCCUGCGCGCACUCCGCCAGCGCUGCUCCGAGCAGGACGUGCGCUUCCGGGCCGUGUUCUUGGACCAAAUCGCCGUCACUGUCGUCGGCGGCCACCUAGGCCUGCAGCUAAGCCAGAAACCCUUGACCACCUUCCCCGAUGUGGUGGUCGUCCGAUUAUCCACGCCCUCCGUCCAGUCAGAUAGUGAAAUCACCAUACUGAGGCACCUGGAGAAGCUGGGCUGCCGCUUGAUCAACCGUCCUCAGAGCAUCUUAAACUGCAUCAACAAGUUUUGGACAUUCCAAGAGCUGGCUGGACAUGGGGUCCCCAUGCCAGACACCUUCUCCUAUGGUGGGCAUGAAGAUUUUUCUAAAAUGAUCGAUGAAGCGGAGCCCCUGGGCUACCCAGUGGUGGUGAAGAGCACACGGGGACACCGGGGAAAAGCUGUUUUUCUGGCCAGAGACAAGCAUCACCUCUCUGAUAUCUGCCACCUGGUCCGCCAUGACGUGCCCUACCUGUUCCAGAAGUAUGUGAAGGAGUCGCAUGGGAAGGACAUCAGGGUGGUGGUGGUGGGUGGCCAGGUGAUCGGCUCCAUGCUGCGCUGCUCCACCGAUGGACGCAUGCAGAGCAACUGUUUUCUAGGUGGUGUGGGCGUCAAGUGCCCACUGACAGAGCAAGGCAAGCAGCUGGCUAUCCAGGUAUCCAACAUCCUGGGCAUGGAUUUCUGUGGUAUUGACCUUCUCAUUAUGGAUGACGGCUCCUUCACGGUGUGUGAGGCAAACGCCAAUGUCGGCUUCCUAGCCUUCGACCAGGCAUGCAACUUAGAUGUGGGGGCGAUCAUUGCAGACUAUGCCAUGUCCUUGCUGCCCAACAGGCAGACGGGGAAGAUGGCCAUCCUCCCCGGACUAUCAGGUCCCAGGGAAAAGAAUGAGUCAAAUGGCUGUGCUCCGGCUCAGGGAGUUGAGAAUGUCUAUACCAUCAAUAAUGGGUCUACCUCUAGUGAGAGUGAGCCUGAACUGGGAGAGGUCCGGGAUUCCUCAGCAAAAACCAUGGGGGUCCCACCUCCCCAUGUUGCCAGAGCCUGGUUACAACAUUAACAGAAUUGUUUCGGAACGCCAGUGAAUUCCUGCUUUUUUUUUUUUUUUUUUUUUUUUUUUUUGGCAGCAUUUAAACCAAAUCCUCCUGAUUCCCUGAGUAGUGUCCAGUGAGUAAGAUCUGGACUAAUGAGAUUUCAUUUGCACAGAAACUAGGAAAUCCUAUCUAGGCACUCAGCAUUCUUUCUAACAACGGUUUGAACAAAUAGCCUAGCUUUGUGGUUUUUAUGAAGACUCAUAUAUAAAAAAAAACCAUAGUCACUAAGAACAACAUCCCAAAUGGUCUACCCGAGACCAAUGUCUACCGCGACACUUGGCUGGAGUGGCAGGCUUUAAGGUUCUGACUCUGCUGCUGCUCAAAGCCCUAGCAGCAGCAGGCAUGAGCUUGGCUCCCGGGAACAGUUCUCACAUGCAUCCAGGAGACGGAGGCAUGUGCAGGCAGGCGGGAUGCUCAGAGAAUGCGAUUAGAGGAUGUCUGCUCCCCCACCGCCGUCACCAUCUUACCACACUCCUCCAACGCUCAGGAGCUCCUUGCCAGCCGUCUCACUGAAGCGCUUUCCAAAGGUGAGGUGGAACGUUCUUUGACCUCAUCGGUUGGCAUGUGUCCUGCUUUGUAACAGGACGUUUCUACAGAUUGCUUUGUCACUCAGACUUCAUACCCCUGCUUCACCGAAUGCCAGCUCUAGCAGCUUCACGCACCUUUGCUGCCUUUGGCCUCAACUGGAAACGCAUCUGGAUGAGCUAUGGCCACACAGUUUGUUCCUUGUGCACCAGAACCCAGCGCUACGAACUUUUCUUUUCAAUGGACUCUGCUCACUCGUUGUCUGGAAACCAGUGGGAUUUUACUACCGAAAGCAACUGGACAAUGACUGUUUCCCCUCCCCCGCCUUCUGGAUGUUCUGCUCUUACCUAGACUCCAGGAACCUGUCCUUACCAUUUUUUCCAAAUUGGGGAGAUGCUGGUAUUUGUGGAGGGGUGAGCAGAGUUAUUUUAGACGUGAUACCAAAUGCUUCCCAUUUUAAUUCUUCAAGCAGUAGAUGAGAUCUUUCUCUUGGGAGAAAUUGUGGAGAUGGAGCUUUGUGUUCCUACUUAUAGGAAGUCUAACGGAAAACAAGCAGUGACCAAAUGCUCCUGAACAGGUGUAUCCUGGUCUCACCUCACUGCAGUUACCUGGGAGGCCGCCCUUUUGAGCCUCUGUUGCAGGUGCCAAGAAUAUUGAGGAUUCCUAUUUGGGAUGACCUCAGAAGCCAUCAAAGGAAUGAGGCCUCAUAACUAUCAGUGGGCCUUGUUUAGUUUCUUUUACCCUCCCCCCACUCCUGCUACCUGCCAAGGCAGUGCCAGGCCCCACCACCCAUUGCGUUUGCCAGAUAAAAUGCUCUUUGGCUAUUAAACAUCAUAGACCUACCCAUAAAGGACAAAGAUUUGCCCACUCUGAGGAAACAUAUAAGCUGACAGUUUCCAAAGACAGUUCUAGAAAUGCAAGUUGGGUCUAUUACACUGGAAUAAACACACUUUCCUUAAAGCAUCUACUUUGAAGGCAGCACCACCCAAGAGUAAGUGCAGGCACACAAUUCCUAGACUUACUCUAAGUGUAAAGUAUGUGUAGUCAAAACUGUAACUUUUUUUCUGCAACACAUUUAAAUAGAAAUUGGCCUUUAAAAUAGGGUAGUUAAAACCAGAUUUCACCAAGCAACAGUCGUACAAAUGAAAAUUGUGGUGCCGUUGCCAUAGAGAGGCCCCACCUCACAGGCGUCAUGUCCAUGCAGUCUCACCCCUGGAUAUAUGCCACUGAACUAAAACCCACGUGAUGUGUCUGUAUGGUUGAAAACCGAUAACACUUCACCCUUGUAGACUAAGAACCAUAUCAUCCUCUUACCACUCAGGGCUCAGGAUGGCUUUAGAAGAAGGCUAAUUAUGUUCUCUUGCUGCUGGAAGUGGUCAGAUGUGAGCCACGUGUUGGUGCCUUGGAAGCCACACUCAUGCAUGGCCACUACCUAGUGCAAGACUCCUCUCAUUGGUCUGAGUCCACUAAGGCCCUGCAGAGGGGCUCAGACUGUUCCCAGAUUCCUUUACCAAAGGAGGCCCGUUUCCCAGCUGGGAGAGAUGUCUGUCAUUGGUGUCAUUGCCCCAACUAACCCUGCUUAGAGGCAGAGAGAGCUGACUCACCUGGAUCCUAGCCCUGCUCCGGGAUGUCCAUCCCACAGCUGGCCGUGGACAAUUAUUUGAGUCUCAGCUCGGUGGCCCAGCCAUUCUUGCCGCAGCUUCCUACACUUGUUGGAAAGAACAUGGGGAAGCAGAACCGGAGUCUGGUUCUGGUUCUGCCAGCACAGCUGACCACCUGAGCUCUGUCUCCGUAGUUCCACUCCGCAGACAGGGGAAACGGCCUAUUACAUUACCUCUUGGUGCACUCUGAGGUUGGAGUGAGUUAACAAGCACAGCUGUGCAUUUGUGGGAGGUGGGACAGACACCUCCUACACGUAGCUUUAUGUUUCUUAUCACUCCUCUGAGAGUUAAAAGAUGAAGAGACUUAAAUUCUUGGCAUUAGCCAACUCAACAGUAGUAUGGGCCCAGAAAGAAUACAGCUUCUUAGAGGCCUUCCUUCUAGCCAGAGGUACUUCACAAACUGAAAGGAGUAAGGCUCUUGGGAUAGCCUGAGAACCUGGAUGUAUCCUGUCAAACCUGAAACCCUUGACUCAUGUAUACCAACACCAAGUCUUCCACUGUAACACAGAUUCAGGGUGUGUAUAUGGUCUUCCCACUGUCUGGUAGCAACAUCUUGAAACUGGCCAAAACUUGAAUGUCAAUAGUUCAGUCACUCAGAAUAUACACGAUUCUGCACUUGGGGAAAAAAACGUCUUCAGUUGUCUUGUCUGAGUGUGUGCAGGGCGAACGGAAGGUGGGCUGGAGACCUUAGGUCUUUAGAAUGUGAGAAAUGGCCUAAAAAUCGUGGGCCAUCAGUGUUGCUGGCUCGGCACUCCCACCUGAGUAUUCUCAGGCCAGACAGGCCAGGGUGCGGAGGAAAUCAGGAUCACUUGGAACUCUAUAGAGAAAAGGAGGGGAAAUGGACACCCUGCAAAUAUAGGAAAGAUGGAAGCAGCUAAUUUGGGAGACAGACUGGGUUCUAGGACCGACCAAGUCCCAGAAUACCGUGUACUUGUCACUGCUCUCAGAGUUCAUGUUCUUAAAUCCUGAUAGAAUUCCUGGUGGUGUGACUGGAGAGAUAGCUUGGUAGUUAAGAGCACUGGCUGCUCUUCCAGAGGACCCAGGUUCGAAUCCCAGCACACACACAUACACAACUUCACAACUAUAACUCCAGUUCCAGGGGAUCCGACACCCCCUUCUGGCCUCUGCAGGCACUAGGCACACACAUGGCACACAGACACAUACAGACAAAAUACCCAUAUACACAAAAAAAUUAAAAUAUAAAAAAGAAGAGUUGUUGAAAAAAAUCCCUGAUGUUGCUGUUGGCUUAGGAACUCAAAGUUCAUACGGAUAAUUGUGUUAAGAAAUGUUUUAGUUACUUUUAUGCUGCUAAGAUAAAACAUCAUGACCAAAGCAGCUUACAGGGGUAAGAGUUUAUGUGGGGCCUGUGGUUCCAGGGGGGGCAUCACAGCAGGGCAGCGUGACAGCAAGCACCACCUUGGUGGCAGGAACAGAUGAGAAAUCUUGAACUGCAAACAGGAAAUGGAGAGAUUGUACCAAAAUGAAACCUCAAGACCACCCCCAGUGACACACUUCCUCCAACAAGGCCACACUGUCCAAGCCUCCCCAAAGAGCCACCAACAGGGGACCAAGUGUACUAAUGCCGAGACUUGUGGAGGAACAACUCACUCAAAACACCACAGAAUGGUUUUCCCUGAGGGAGCGUCCUGAAGACAAGACUGUGCUGACCCUUUCCCCCUACAAAGCCAGUCACUGUUGCAAAUCUGUGAACCCUGGCACCUCCUCUCCUAAGGUUCGCACAGCUCAGUCUGAACUCCCUUCUUCUGAGCUUUCCCACACUUAGGACCACCAUAAAACUAGCUUUCCAUCCCCAUUCUGUAACCUCUCAGACUCCAGUGUAACAUUAGAAAGGUCACACCAGAGAGCCAGGUUGGAGACGAGUGUGUUCCCCAUCUUGUGGAAGUGGAUCUGAGUUCCAGAAGCCAGGGACACAAGGCUAGACCUAGCAUACUGCCACAGGCGAGUCUUCCUCCACCCGGCUAACACUGUCUGCCAUCCCACCCUGUACCCUUUCCGUUCAGAAGAGCUGGUCAAGCACCGUGAUCUCAGUGAGCCAGCGCCGGGGCCUCAGCACUCGUGUGGGUGUGUGGAUGGGCGUGAAUGAGGUUCGCAGAGUGAGACUGGGCCCUUCACAGACCAGUGGAGAAGUUUGCUUCACUUGGAAAUGGGAUGGAGGGGGGAAGUUCAGGCCAAGCUGACAGAGGGCCUCCUGUGUCCCAGUUUGACUGAUGUUUCUCGCUGCUGAAGUCCUGGAGAUCAAGCGUCAGACUCAGCUGAGGGGGAAUCCUGUAACACACGCUCCAAUUGCAGACAACAAUGUCAAAAGUCCCCGCCCCUUCUGUUUGCAUUACCUCUACAAUCAGACACACAGUAGAGAUUCUUCCCCUUGAAGCUCAAUGUCAGUGGGCAGCUACCCCUUGAGAACCAGGUGGGACUGGUAACUGAGCCCCUGAAUUUCUGAGGGUUCUAAAGGACUCGUGUUUUGGCAGCACCCGCUGGCCCCAAAACCCUGCUACCUCUUCCUAAACACUGGUGUUGUCCCCACACUAUCCAUUAAGGCAAAAAGUUUCAUUCCCCGCUCUGCUUCUACAAACAGCAACAAUUUGUGGACUGUAUGUGCCUCUGUGUGUGUGUGUGUGUGUGUGGUUCGUGAGAGGGCAGCAGAGACUGCAGCAGCACAGGUGUGACCACACAGAACGUCCUCACAGACCGCAGGGCAAUCUCCAGGACCUUUCUUCCACGUGGUAUUUGUCUCUGCUUCCCGGAACAAGUUCGUGCUCCUGAAUGGAGCCAUUCUUUCUCUUACCUUGAUCCCAGUCAACGUUUCACCUUAAACUGGUGGCUUUAAAAGGCAUUGUCUUCAACAUAGCUCCCUCCCCCAGGGGAGCUAUGUUGUCUCUCAAAGGGACACACUUCAUUCUCCCUGCACUGACUAGGUUAACGCCAUAGCAACCAUUUGCACUCCUAGCUCUUGGGUACGCCUGCCGGUGGAAGGUGACAGGGACUAAAGUCAGUGGUGCCAGUUUGGGUCGGAUCUGGUUCAAAACCUUGUGUGCCACUA